AUGGCUUCCCUUUCUUUACAAGGAUUGAUGGAUACUACCAACGCAGACACAAGACCUACGAAUCCGCCCCGUAUCAUAAUCCUAAUGGAGUACAGAGGGAUUCAUAUUGAGCAACGACAGUACCGUCUCUUGAAUCAUCCCCAGCCUCUUCACUGCUUCAUACCCUCCCACGCUAUAUCAACCACACUCUCGCCACACUACUACCAGCUCUUCUGCCGCACUCGAUCAACUACAUUAUCGCCAGGAUGGGCCGGAGUACCCGAGGGUGCGGAGAGUGCGGAGGGUGCCGCCAGCAAAAAUAUCAUUGCCCUAGAGAUUGUGGCUAAAGAGCUCUUCUUCCAGCUCAAAGCCUCAGUGAGGAUGUUCGUGGGCAACCGAAUCGACCGACAUGCGCUCGAGAAAACAACCGACAAACUAGAGGACAAGAGCAAACAAGACAAGAGCGUCCGGAUUUCAGAAAUGAGCUUGGAGGACGUGGAACAGUGCCUAGGCAUGAUAUGGAGAUGA